CGAGCUAACCCCAAAAACACAUAUCGCUUCUUUUCUCAUAAGGGAUAUAAUUUGUUCCACUGGAGAACAGCGAAUGACUCGAGCACAGCUUGAGUCCAGCAUAAGAGUCUGGCAGGAGUCUGCCAUUUCACCUCUUAAUGAAUGGUACUCAAAUGUACCAUCUUGGGUCAACAUCCUCCCACUUCCUCUCUUACAAAAGUGGCAGGACAGACCAUCAGCAGAACAGCCAAUCCAGCACUUGCAAAGGCAGUUACAAGUGGCAUCAAAGGUGUUGCUUUGCAACAGUCAGUUCUCCAGUCUACUGUGGCUGGCCCAACACUUGGUCAAGAGACCGUGUUGGGCACACAACACAUCACAAAUUUGUCGUCAGGGAACAUUGGCCAGGUAAAGCCUCGAGCACCUGUUGUUACACUAACUACCAGGGAAGCAGCAAGACUUCCAGCUCCCUCUGUAUCCCAAGCCAGACCCAGUGCCUCUGCCACCACCACACCAGCCAGCCAGCAGCACACAACUCAGUCUACUCUGGCAUCACAGGUUAGUGGUGUCUCAGGAGGAAAGAUAUCCAACACUGCAACUGUGGUGAAUAUGGCCACCACAGCAGCACAGAAAGCCAAUCUCAUCUCUCUUGGUGGUUUCAAGUUACUACAGGCUACUCCACAACAAGUAGCAGGAAAGAGUAGUGGAUCAAAUAACCCAGUGGUUGUGAAUUCUAUAACGAAACUGCAGACACUCAUGGUCGAUGGCAAAGUGUUGGUACAAGGAGGGAAGGUGGUACAGGCCAUGCCGGGUAGCGUAGGGAUGGGAGGCAACAUGGGAGGGAAGCAGUUUAUCUCAGGUAUUCUUCCCGGACAGCAGGUGGUCACCGUAGAGAACCUUCUCAGCCAGGGUGACAAGACAACACAGCUCCAAGGUGGGGUUGUAACAACAGUAGCAGGAAACAAACUAGCAGGAGGAAAUGUGAUCCAACUGGCAGGAGGAGCAGGUGGUGUCCAGAGGUUGACCCUAGUGUCUCCACAGGGAUCACACCUUCCUCUCAAUGCAGCCAACCAGAGACUUGUUUUGGCUACUAGUUCACAGGCAGGGAAGAUAGAUGGGUCUGGCAAUAAGGCUCAGGUGGUCCAGACCAUCCAGACCUUACAGCCUGGCACUCAUGUGGUGCAAAGCAGCUUUGGGGCUGUCACAACUACAAGCACCACCACAACCACACCCACUACACCCACCAGCACCAGCAACACUACGCAAGUCAUUACCGCACCCAUAACCUCCACGCGCAUGGGAGGCUCCAACACCCAGCCUCGAUUCUUCUCCGUUGGUCAGCAGCAGACUACUAUUUUACAGGGUCUGAAUGUGGCUGGAAAACCAUCAGUCCUCGCCAGUGGUGGAAUCCGUUUAGUUCAGCCUGGUGCCAGUGGCACAGCUGGGACAGCUUCUGUUGUAGCAGGUGGUUCCACAGCUACAGGGAACCUCAUUACAAUAGGUGGCAAGCAAGUGCUGCUCACAUCCAAACCUUUUGCUCAACAAGGACAGCUGCAGCAGGUAAUGCUGACUGGAGGAAAUGUCAAAGCAGGAGCACAGACUGCUCAGGUGACAAGCAGCCAGGGUGCAGUUGUUGUAGCAAGUGGAACAGGAGGGCAGCAGAUUGUUCUUCCUGCAUCUGCCUUACAGGGAUCACACCUAAAUCUGAAGGGUUUGCAAGCGUUCCAGACCUUAAAAGUUAUUCCAGCAUCACAAGUCACUCAGCAGCAAAGAGGAAAGCCUGUGCUAGCAAGAAUAGUGUCUCCAGCAUCAAUACGAGGUACAACUCAAACAGUUCCAUCAGUUUCCACAAGUCAGUCUACAGUCCAUGAUGUGUCGAAGUCCUAGACCUCGCUUUUGAUUACACUUUGUGGUUAAGCUUAACUUAUGCAGGGAAGAGAAGCUGUUAUACAUUUUAGUUACUCAUAUGCAUUGCCAAUUUAUUUAUUUUGCUUUUUUCACAAAUGUCUUCCAUGUAACACUUUCGACAAAUGCUACAAUUCAUCUUGAGUGGAACCUUGUAAAUUAUGUACUUGGCAAGGGGAAGAAUAGUUUUUAAUUAUUUAAAAUUGGUGCAAGGCAAACUUGUUUCAUUUAUUAGUAGUAAUUUCUUAACAAUAAUCAUACACAAUUUUUUUUGUUUUGUUUUACACUAAUCUUACAUAUCUUUGAAAAUGUAGAACAGCUGUAUUUAAUGCAAGAUGGCAAAAAAUCAUUAAGAAGCAAAGUUUAUUGAUGCAAUGCACUUCAGUGUUAUUGUUGUGAGUUGGUCGCAUUUUUCAGGGCACCAGGCAUUUCAUGUUGAUAUUUAUGUAUAAAGGUUUUUCAGAAGUAACGUAAUUGUUUAGUAGUGAAAUGAUACUAUUUGGAAAUGGUAAAAUGUUCUGUGAUAGUCAAACUGACAUUUUGUGAAUGCUGUAAUGGGGAACCAUUUUGCAAGAUAGUGUGAAUGCUUUAUACAUGUGUCUUGAAUCAUGUAUGUGAUGAAAUUAUUGUCAUAAAAUAAAAUACUGUGUAUCACUCA